AUGUCAUUCGGAGAAUCUAGAGGUACGAUUGAACUCCCAAAGUUGGACUGGGCUUACGAUGCAUUGGAACCACACAUUUCUGGUAAAAUCAACGAAAUUCAUCACACCAAGCACCAUCAAACGUACGUGAACGGGUAUAAUGCAGCAAUUGAACAAUUGGUUGCGGCCGAAGCCAAGAAGGACCUUAAGAGUGUUAUUGAAAUUCAACAAAACAUUAAAUUUCAUGCUGGGGGUCAUACUAACCAUGUUUUAUUCUGGAAGUCUUUAUCUCCGGAGUCAAAGUAUGGAGGUAAACUUCCAAGUAAAGAUUCCGAAUUUGGCAAGCAAGUCAUCAAGCAAUAUGGAUCCUUUGAUGAUCUCAUUAAACUUACUAAUGCCAAAUUAGCUUCUAUUCAAGGAUCUGGUUGGGCUUUUAUCGUUAAAAACAAGUCGAAUGGUGGUAAAUUAGACGUGGUAACUACCUAUAAUCAAGAUACUGUCACAGGUGACUUAAUUCCAUUGGUUGCAAUUGAUGCGUGGGAACAUGCAUACUACUUGCAAUACCAGAAUGUAAAGGUUGAUUAUUUUAAGGCCAUCUGGAAUGUGAUUAACUGGAAUGAAGCAGAAAAGAGGUACAGUGCCUAA